CGGAGGGAUAGCAAAUCUACCUCGACAACAGAAAAGCAUUGCGGCAGUGAGACCACAUUGCUUUCGGGGGACUGUCGCGCAACAAUCCCCGAACGUGGCUCCGUGGCCCGAACUCCCAAUAGCCAGGCGCUAUCAAUGUCGGAAUUCGACAAAUCGCAAAACUUCGAUGCCUAUGCGACAGGCCCGCGUGCCGAUCAGGCACACUCUUAUACCGGAUUCGCUCCUCACACAACGUAUGCUGGCGAAUAUGUUCUCCCUCAGGCGCAGGCAUCGUCGGGUUUGACUCAACACUCUUCUAACAAUAUCGGCCUCAUUUCCUCUGCUCAACAAUACGGUGCGCAUGAUCAAGCAUACUAUGGUCAGCAGGCUGGUCAUUAUCCUACAUAUCUUCAGACAAUGCCGCGUUCGUCGCCUCAAGAAAUCACAUACACUCCAGUGCAAGGUCAAGAAGGCACCCGCAUCAACAUUUUUUUGCGAAGUGUCUACGAUUUCGACGCGCCGCCUGUAGCUCCGCUCGUCAUGUUUGGCCACAAGCGAUGCGAAACCGUGGUUAUGAAAACUGGCCAACAAAACAACAGUUAUCAAUAUGCGAUCUCCACAGACGUGCCUGCUCUGUCCUCGACGAAUUCUCCCUCAACGUUGGUUCCAAUCCAUCUAGUAUUGGAUGAUGGAUCUAGCGGGAUUCCGUGGCAAGAGCCAUCAAUCGAAUUGGGCACCUUCAGCUAUCUUGAUGGCUUCAAUUAUCAGCUCGAUUCCCCUCAAAUGCCGACUCAACAGCUGCAACCUCGAAAGCGUAAGUUGUCUCCAGAAGGAUCCCCGCGUCGGUCGCCUACCAAGAAGCCCUCUUUGCAACAUCUUGGUGGCCCAGUCAUGAAUUCGACAUCUCCCUUCCGGCGACCAAGCGCGCCUGAGAUGUUCCACGGGCGUCGGUUCAGUAACUUCGGGAUUGAAACACAGUCGUCUUACGCUCCUCCAGUACCGCGGAUCCCAUCAUUAUACGCCUCGCAGGCAACGACUUCGAUGCAACCUGGACACAGUCCAUUGCUCCAUCAACCACCUAAUCCUCACUCCGCAGUGGGGCAUAGCCCGUCGCACGGACUUUCAACGGUCGGCAGAAGUUCACAGCUGAUGCCGUCUCCGGGCAACGGAGCCAAUCCUCCAUUAAUCCGGACACCUACUAACCAAAGAUCGCCAACUGCUCCAAUGUUGACGGGAUUCAAUCAGUAUGCAAAUGUCUCGCUGGAGUACAAGGCUAGCCUUGAGAUCCAGGGUAAUCUGGAAAGCAUGGCCGACAAAUGGACCGAGGAAGAGUGGGAAGUGAAGCGACGCCUCGUUCAAUUUCACCGCACGCAAUCUGGAAGCGUCAUCACCGCCACCUUUGAGUCUGUCGCCUUGGAGGAUCGCGUUCCCAACAGUACCUGUGUGAGUUGUAUCUGGUGGGAGGAGAAGGGUGCCUGUUAUGUCACCUCUGUGGACACUAUUGCCCUACUGGAAUCUUUGGUCGCCGUUCGAUUCACUGUCGAGGAGAAGAAUCGUAUCCGCCGUAACCUGGAGGGCUUUCGACCCGCCACUGUCUCCAAGGCCAAACCAGAGAGCGAGGAGUUUUUCAAAUUGAUCAUGGGGUUCCCAAACCCCAAACCGCGGAACAUCGAGAAAGAUGUCAAGGUCUUCCCUUGGCGUAUCCUUGCUGGAGCGCUGAAGAAGAUCAUCAGCAAAUAUGCAAUGGACUCGACCAUGGACCAUCAUUCGACCGUUUCGCCACAUUCAUCCGUGAGUUCUGGCACAUCGUCAUACGGUCACACGUACGCUCCCGUCAUGGUGGGCAACGCAUAUGCAUCUCACGGGGCGGCUGCUGUCACCGGACUCGGGAUCGGUCCAUCACAAUCCAUGGUCAUGCCCAACCCGGGGGUAGCACAGCCCAACGGGUCCAACUCAUGGCAGCCUACCUCUCCGAAUUUUCAACCAGAUCUUACGGCAGCAAACCGUGCGUGGUACUUGGGCAGCUAUCUCGAUACAUCGCCAGCAUCGGCACUCCCAGGUAUGGGACAGGCGGUCCCAUACCAGCAACGAAUUCCGUCUUUGACCGGGCCAUCAUACAUCUCCGACGAUUCCAGCAAGUUUGCACCCUUACAUGAAUAUGAUGCGCAGAGUCAUCCGGCCCCCUCCUCGUGA